AUGACAACAAGGAAACUUAGGAAAGAGAUAUUAUGCCGGCAGUGUGGGGUGAAGUUGCUUGUGCCUCUUGAGGAACGAACCAUACACUGUCCAUCGUGUGGUGGUAUUAUAAUACUGCAAAGUCGCUUCAAUGACAAUGUUGCUCCUGGAAUGAAUGGUGAUGUGAACUCUCUGCCGAGCAACACGCAGACUACAGCCUCAAGCUUUGCGGCACACAAUUUACGUCGGGAGCCAUCCAAGGCAGGUAUUCUUUUUCGUGUUCAGCCAUCUCAAAUAUCAAAGCAGGUGUCCCCUUCUCCUGCACAUGGAAAGAAACGAGCUAUUUUGUGCGGCAUUACCUACAAGGGACAUCAAAAGAGUCUCAAAGGUGGCAUUAAUGAUGUGUUGUCGAUGAGAAAUCUUCUGAUUAAGCGGUUGGGUUUUCCCAGUUCUUCCAUUCUUCUACUCACAGAAGAAGAAAGAGAGCCGUACAGGAUUCCAACUAAGCGCAAUAUCCGAGCAUCCCUCCGUUGGCUUAUUCAAGGUUGCAGGUCAGGAGAUUCCUUGGUGUUCUACUACUCGGGCCACGGCUCACGAGUAAGAGAUCGUGACGGGGAUGAAAUCGAUGGAUAUGAUGAAUCAUUGUUGCCUGUUGACUACGAGACUGAGGGAAGGAUACUGGAUGAUGAGAUCAAUGCCACCAUUGUGAGGCCACUACCCUAUGGAGCUACACUUCAUGCCAUCAUUGACACCUGCUACAGUGGAACCUUCUUAGAUCUUCCAUAUCUGUGCAGGAUAAACAGGGAAGGAUACUAUAAGUGGGACGAUCAUCGCGUAUCACACAUAUAUAAAGGUACCAGUGGGGGACAUGCCAUAUCUAUUAGCGCCUGUGACGAUCAUCAAAAUUCCGUAGAUACCACGGUUAGUACCACAAACUUUUUUUAUCCUAGAUGCUGUGGGGAUGUUCUUAAUUAA